AUGAGGUCACGAGUCACGCGAAGAGCUCCUCUUUGGCUCUCAGCUCAGCUGUGGCUAUCUUCCCCUUUCCAUCUCUCCCGCUCCCAAACAUCUCACCCAAGAACCAUCAUGACUCGCACUCACAAGGUCAAUGACCGUGAAUACCAGGCCGAGGGUGGCAUCAUGCCACCCCACGACAAUCUCCCUCGCUUCUUCGGCCGAUCCGGUCCAACCGACGCCGACCCAAAGAAAACAAAAAAAGAUGGUGGCGGCAAGGGUAACUGGGGUCGUGAUGGCGAAGAAGUUCAUGAUUACGGAUACACCUUUACCAAUGCCCGCCGUCGCUCGAACAGCAGUACGCAAGGCCUCUCUGACUUCAGAACCAAGUUCGAAACCAUCGACCCCGAGCCCGUGUUCGAAGAACAGGUUCACGGCGCCGAAGUCGAAAACGUGAAUGAGGAUACUGUGACCAAGGUUGAGAGUACAAGCAGCAGCAGUGCUAGCGUGGGCGACCAGAAUGGGGUCAAGUUUUAG